AUGACGAAGCCUAAGUAUAUACCUCCCACAACCGAUUCAUCAGGUAAUCCACCACCCACAUACGAAAAACCUAAUAUCACAUAUCAAGGCGAACAACCUAAGCCUACACCAUGGGGACAGACUAGUGUUUACAUAUCUACUCCUAGACCCGAUGUGAGUACCAAUGGUGCACAAGGACAAGGACAAGGAGCGCAAGGAGAAGGACAAGGUAAUGGGACGGGAAAUUGA